AAAUUUAUUUAAGGUCCCAUUCGGGUCGCCUACCAAGCAAUCAGAUUAAUCGAUUGAUGGCGUGAUUGUUUUGAGCAUGGCGUCACCAUUCCGCUAUACACAUGCCAUUACCGCUAGAAUUCCACUGUCCUUAAGGACACGUGGUGAAAUCGAUCUGGAGGAGGCCAAACUGCAGCAUGAAAACUACGUGAAAACGCUACGUGACCUGGGGCUGGACGUGAUUGAGCUGCCACCGGAUGAGAGUUUACCCGAAUGCCCUUUCGUGGAAGACUGCGCGGUGGUUUGUAAUGGAAUAGCACUAAUUUGUCGUCCCGGCGAUCCCAACCGUGCACAGGAAGUCGAAGCUGUCCGGGCUGUGCUCAAGAAAGAACUGGAUCUUCCAUUGGCAGAAAUAGCCGAUCCAAACGCAAGACUGGAUGGUGGGGAUGUCCUUUUUACCGGACGAGAGUUUUUUGUUGGUCUAAGUAAGUGGACCAAUGAAGCGGGCGCUCGAGCUGUUGCUGCUGCCUUCCCAGAAUACCCGUGUGUUCCAAUUAAGGUAACCGAGCAUCAUCAUCUGAAGUAUUAUGUAUCCAUGUGUGGCCCGGACGUACUCUGCGUCAGCAGGAGCAAAGAAUCGCAAGAAAUUUUAAAACGUAUCGAGCGAGAAGCCACCUUCACGUAUCAUACGCUAACGCUCCAGGAGGAGACUGCGGCCAACGUUCUGUAUAUCAAUGGCACACUGGUCACGCGAUCGGUCGAAGAAAUUCCCGCUUCCGCUCAGAUUCUUUCGCAGAAAAUCGAUUCUCCACGGCAGAUGCUCUUCAUGUCCGAGAUGGGAAAAUUUUCCAACGGUCUUACUGCUUGCUCCAUUCUGGUGAAACGCUCCAAACACAUCAAGAGCCUCUGAACGGGCGGGUGGGAGAGGUCUGGAUUUUGCUUUGAUGCGAUUGAUGCAAAGUUUGAUCUUCACUCAUUUUAGCCCUUUCCAUUUUGAAGUUAUCAUUAUUUGCUGUUUAAUCUCAGUCCAUCUGAAUGCUUCGACUCGAUGUUGUAUAACAUGCCGACAGAGGCAAUAUUCCCUGUAGAAAGUGUAAU